GAUAUAUUAUCCAUAUCUAUCUAUUGAGACAAGUUUGCGUAGAUUUAUUUAUAUUUGCUUACAUCGAUCCUAAUCACUGAAGACUGUCAUGGAGUUUCUUUCAGGACUCGAGUUCCGCCGAAAAUUCGCACAACUAUUCGAAAUCAAUCCUAGCUUGACAAACACUGAAGCUUACACCAUUCUGGAAGCAAACUCUUUUGACGUACCCAAGACCUGCCUCGAAAUAUCUGAAAAGACACAGGAAUCAGCCCAAGAGGGAGAAUUCCGGAUUCCGAAAAUAGCUUUGGAACAACUCGAAGCCCGUGAAACACUGGCAAAGAAGGUCAAAUCAAGUCAGACACCAGAGCAGAGUCAGCCGAGCAUCUUUAUCAACAACAAAUUGCCAGAUCAAGAGGUUUACGACUCAAAAAUCCCACAAGUGAAGUUACGGGAGAUCAUUGAGAUUGAUGAUAGUGAAGAUGAAACAAAUCAAGAAAUCGUUGUUGACGAUGGGCAAAAUGUUGCUCAGAAUAGUGCAGACUCUGGUACCAAUGGAUCAGAUCAAGCUGUUGCUGGCUGGAAAAGAGAACUCUCGGAUAUCGAGAUGUUCGAUGAUUCAGAUGUCGACAACGCAAGCCCUGAGGAUGAAUCCGAUUCAGAAAUUGACUAUGGUAGCCAGCAUUUAAGAUCUGCCUUUGACCCUCACAUGAAGUCUGUAGAAAAACUCAAGGAAAGUAAACAGCCUAAGUCAAAUAAAUCAGCCAAGUCAUUCAAGCCGGAAACGUGUACGACGCGAUUCGUUUCAAUGAUCGGUGGCACAUUGUUCUACAGGGAACUUAGACCUAUUAGAAUAAGCGAGGAUCAAACAUUAGUGGAAUCGGGCUACAAAGAAUAUCGUGAAGGAAUCGUAUCGGCUCUUGAUUCCGAAAAGAAAUUUCUUCAUGAAAGCCUGGAUAAUUUGAUCGAGUGUCAAGCUAAGUGUCAAGCUGGAGACAGCGUUCUGGUACAGAAUGCCGAAAUCAAGUCCAAAGUUCAUUGUGCACUCAUCGUACACUUAUACAAAGAAGACGAGGUAUCAAUGGCCCACGUACGAUAUUUUGAAAGGGGCUGCGAUACCAUAAUUGGUGAGGCCGCCUGUCCACGGCAGCUAUUCGUUACUUCCAGAUGUGCGAAUAUCCUCAAAACUGAAAUAAAAGCCAAAAUCAGAGUCGAUUUCCGUGGGGAAAGUGAUAAUGCCGGUGGCUCAGAAAUUCAUCUCAUCGAAGAAGAGUACCACAGAAGCGCAGACCGGUAUUUUUAUAGAUUUCGUUAUGAUAUUUCAUCCGAAAGCUUUACUGAAGUAGAAGAGAUUGUGAAGAAAGACCAGAAGACUCUGGUCGAGGAAUGUGAGUGCUGCUCGCUCAAAAAAGUCAUGUGUGAGGAGAAACAUCGACCGCUAAGAAUAUUAAACUUCGACGAAGAACAAAAAGUUGCUACUCGGUUCAUUUAUAAAGGCACAAGAUAUGAAUUGAAAGACUUCGUUUAUUUCAUUUUGAAACCUACUUCUGGUUCAAGGGGACCGCAUCCGUACAAUAUUGGUCAAAUAAAAGAUGCCAGGAUCACCAGUUUGAGAGGCCAGCUUGAUGUCCAGUUGACUGUGGAUAAUUACGAACGUUAUGACGACUACUUUCAGCCUAAGAGGCCGGAAGAAGGUGGAGUGAAUGUCCCGUUCCCAAUCCAUGAUAAUAGAAGAGUAUUUCGCUGGAACUCUAAAUUGGUGAAUCCAAAGGAUCUUGACGGUCACUGCUUUGUGAGGCACAUACACCACAUUGAUGAUCUAAACAAUUACAAGGACCUCGAUGACACAUUCUGGGUUCAGGAUUAUAUUCCCUACAACUUGAAAAAGGAUUCAAUUACAGUCGAAGACUUGAAGCUCAUGCCCAAAGAGCAUUUGACGUAUCUAAAAGUAAACAAGCAGAGGCUCGAGAGAGAGAGAAAGCAAGAAAUGAAUAAGAUGCAUGGGACAAAAUUGAAUACUCUGGAUGUCUUCAGUGGCGCAGGUGGAUUAAGCCAAGGCUUGCAUGAAAGCGGAGUGAUAGGGAAUAGCUAUGCUAUUGAGUCUGAUACCGCGGCCUGCCAGACUUUUGCAAAAAACUUCCCAAGUGCGAUCGUAUACAAUUACGAUGCAAAUAAGUUUUUAGAACGAGCGAUGAAGAUUGACGCUGGAUACGUUGAGGGCAUUGCCUAUGAUAUAGCUGGGAACUUAAUGCCGAAGAUGCCCGCAAAAGGCGAUAUCGAUAUGAUUGUAGGAGGACCUCCUUGCCAAGGAUGGAGUAGAGCAAACCGAAAGAAUAACCCUAACAAGAUACUGAAGGAACCUAUCUGUCCUAUGAGAGAGGCAAUCGCCACAUUCCUCUCCUACGUGGAUUUUUACAGACCCAAAUAUUUCUUAUUAGAAAAUGUUCCCGGCAUAAAACACCACCCGCUCAAUGGCAAUGAUAUUCCGAGUUAUUCCCCUGACAGGGGACCUUUGAAAAACGGUGCAAUGAAGUUCAUUUUCCGAUUUUUAACGUCUUUGGGAUACCAAUGUCAACACGCAACCCUGCAAGCAGGUGCCUAUGGUGUACCUUCGUCUAGAAAACGUGUGAUAAUUUGGGCCUGUCUACCAGGGCAUAAGCUUCCGAAAUAUCCUGAGCCGACAAAUGUCUUUAAGUCUGUCCCCAGAAAUCCUCCUUACCUGAGGAGAUCAGCUCCACAUUGGCCAAUCAAUAUAGGAGACUGCAUUUCAGACCUUAGUCUAAUUGGAGUGGAGAAUCCCCACGAAGAAACAAAACACUCGACUUCGAAGAACAAAAAAAAUGUUGGUUCAGGAAAGCAAAUCUGUGCCUCCACGCCUAGAUCUGAGUACCAGAGACGCGUGCAGAAUUCUGAUUCUUGUCAGCCUCUGCAUAACCAUGUGACAGGUAGAAUUUCAGUUAGACAAAAUGAGCGAGUGCGUACCGUUCCACUCGAAGCUGGAGCCGACUAUAGAAGAAUGGACGAGAAACUGAUGACUAAGGCAAUGAGAGAAGUAUUAGAGGAAAUGCGGAAAAAUAAAAAUUAUCGGAACAAAAAGUUGGAGGGGAAAUACGGAAGACUGUCCGUAGAUGAUCUCUUCAAAAUAUUUACUACAACUCGUGACAAGUGGACACUCCAUCCAUACUUACCACGAGUAUUUACAACAAGAGAACUGGCUAGAGGUAUGGGAUUCCCAGAUAGCUUCGUAUGGGAUAUGGUAAUCACAAAACUGUCUGAUGUUCUUAAACAAAUAGGCAAUGCUGUGCCACCCCCAUUUGCAAGAGCACUCGGAAAUGAACUGCGGAAAGUUUUACAAGAAUCAGAAUAUAACAACAGAGAGAGCAAAGACGACGAGGACAUGAUUGAUGAAGAUGAGAUUGCAACUCACGACCAAACCAACCAGAAAAUGGAUAUAGCUGAGGAGAUAUUGGCUAUGAGUGAGACGGAUUCUGAUGAAGAAAUUGACUACCUAAUAACCGCACAGCUCGAAAGACGAUUCAACCAAAGCACAGACAAUCAAACAGAUGCUGGGAGUGAGGACGAGGAUGAGAAGAAUUCAGACGCGGACGGUGAAGUGUCAGGCGAGAGCGACGUGGAUAUUGAUGGAGACAUGGAAGAUCGAGAGGAUCAAAACGAUCUUGAAUCCGAAGACGAGAACGAGAGUAACUGGAGCACAGAUGAGGAAAUAUUGAACGAGAGUGAAGUGGACGCUGAUGAAGAUAUGGAAGGCCAAGUGGGUCAAGGCAUUCUUAAAUUUGAGGACGAGAUUGAGCAGGAUCUAGAUACAGACGAGAGAAUGUCAGAAGGAAGUGACAUCGAUGCUGACGAAGACAUGGAGGGUGGAGACGAUCUAGAAUCUGCGGACGAAGACGAUAUGAAUGGGGCUAUAUGCUCGGAAGAAGAAUGUGUGGUCAGCACGAUAAUGCAGAUGGAGGAAAGAAUCAAUACGGGAGGAAGCAGGGAUGACGCAAUUGUGAUUGAUGAUUCAGAAUGAUGGUUUGAUGCUGAAUUUUCAAAAGUACAAAGCGGUAUUUUGCGAUACUUCGCGACAUUUUUAAUCGGGCA